ACCACGAAAUUUCUCUGCAUAUCCGGGUCAAUAUUUCUGCCCAAUAAAAAUAUUAGCCAUUUUCUCCCAAUUCCCAUACUUUUAUUUUUUGAAAUAACUCAUUGACUGAUUUCCCAUACUUUAAAUCCCACCAUAAUAUUGGGCAUGUGUAAAGUUGGUUGGUAAGGUAGUAGUAACAGCUAACCCUCUUUCUCUCUCCUUCUCUUUCUCUCUGUUCUACUCUUGAUCAGAAGGAGAGGUUAAAAAUGGCUUCAGAUGGUAAAGUUCACACCUUUGAGGAAGUUUCAAAGCACAACAGCACCAAGGAUUGCUGGUUGAUUAUCUCCGGAAAGGUCUAUGAUGUAACUGCAUUCAUGGAAGACCAUCCUGGUGGCGAUGAAGUUCUUCUAUCUGCAACUGGCAAAGACGCAACAAACGAUUUUGAAGAUGUGGGACACAGUGAUUCCGCCAGAGAGAUGAUGGACAAAUACUACGUCGGAGAAAUCGAUGUAUCAACCGUCCCGCUAAAGCGCUCAUAUGUUCCACCACAGCAAGCCAAUUACAAUCAUGACAAGACCCCUGAGUUUAUCAUCAAGAUCUUACAGUUCCUGGUACCCCUUAUCAUCUUAGGGUUGGCUUUCGCCGUGCGACACUAUACCAAGAAGGAGGAUUAGAGAUUUUUCCAGUCUUCCAAAUCUAGGCAAUCUAGGCAUAUAUCAGUUAGCUAUUCAGAACUCAGAAGUCCUUUAUAAGUGAUUAUUUCAGCCUUGUUUGUUCCAUUGUGUCUGAAAGUUCUGUUCUAGGUUCUAUCAUGCUAUAUUGAUUGUGGUUUGGAUUUCGCAAGGUUACUGUUGUGCUGCUUAUUUUGAUAAUUCUAUUUGGAAAACCUUUUGUUAAGAA